CCCCAGUCUUGCUUCUUCAUACUUACAUACCUACCCACUCAUUCAACAAUCAAUCCAUGCAGUAUACGUUGCUACUUAACUUGGACAGAAUGUUAUAGCACUGUCAUCAUAUUCCUAUCUUUGCAGUUUCAACUACAUCUUUUUAUCCCCUUCUCCCCCAGACCAGACUCCGACCACCGGACAGAUGACUUCCGCUUCUGGGCCGCGAAAGAUUCCCUAUCACCAUCACCAUGUCCUACACCAUAAACAAGCACCCUUCCCGAGUAAAGAGCCUGCCUUGAUCGAUCAACAUGUGGUCGACAAAUUACUCAUCGACAGUGUCAAGACUAUUUGUGAAGAGGUCGCAGCCAAGGAAGGCAUUCAGAAUCCAGUGAUUGAAUCGGUCGCACUUGAAUCCAUUACUGCCGCAGCAGAUGAAUUCAUACUUCGCUUUCUAAGCAAAGUGCGACGGUCUAUGCAGGCUGCGCGACGCACAGCACCCAUCCCAAAUGACUUUGAAUCCGCAAUCUAUGCCCUUGAUGUAGCCAGACCAGACGACCAGCUAGCUCCAUACAAGACACAACCAACCAUCAAUCCUCCGUUAUAUCCAACACCUCCCCCCGAUGAUGUAUUCCACAAUACAGUACAGCUACCGCCCGACUUCCUGGGCCCCGACUUGGAUGGUCAUGGGCAGUUGAAAAAGUUCGCGUUCAAUACAUCUGGUCUGCCGGCUCUCCCUUCGGCGCACACCUUCAAACACACGGCACUGUAUCCCGUCCUUGAGAAGGACACCAGGAAGAUUCGAGAGUUGGCGACGCAAGAGGGUAAACUUGGGGAGCAUGCUUUGCGCAAGCUAGCGGGUGCUGUCAAACUGGAAGCCACACAUCCGAUCGACUCGGAUAGCGUCAAGGAGAAGAGACAGUCCAAGAUCAAUCGAAGGUGGACAAAGGGAGUGGCUCUGUCGGAGGAAGCCGUCUUCGAAGAGACGUUACGAGAGCUAUUGGCCAAAGAGCCAGGAGGUUUCGAACUGGGGCCGAUUGUGACUUGUGAGAAGGCGUACCGCAUGCCGGAUGAUGCACAGAUCAAAAGACGUGCUCCGGUGGGUGUUGCUGCGGGAGGCUCAGCUGCACAGCCAGGUACUUCGACGACGUCACGGCCUGAAGUGACGGAGUUAUAGAGACAUGCUGCUAUCGGUGCUUUAAACAGCGUAGGCGCUUGGCUGGUAUCGGUUGAUGGCGUGUAAUGAGGAUUGAGGGGCUGCAACUGCAAUCUCACUUUGGCGACCAGAAGUAACUCCAGUAUUUCUGCAAAGUAUUCUGAGACUCGAGACUGUCCAUGUUGUUUGUUAUGCUUGUAGCAGAUGCAGCUAUUUUCGGA